CGAGACGUUAGAAGGAAUCGCAUCAUGAUUCGUCGUGCAGUGCUAGUGAACUUUCUUUUGGCAGUUGUGCUUGCUCAGACGCAGCCAACGUGCAAAAAUGUGUUCGACUAUACCGUGUGCAGUUCCGUCGAAGGUGUUUUAACCGAAGUAAAGCAACGAAGUCAUCACGAUCGUUUGGAAAUAUUGGAUUUCAAUUUGAUAUCGAUUGAACCUGGAGCGUUUAAAAAUCUCUCGCUAGUAACUCUACACCUGUUUGCCGGAAAUCGAAUUUCGAAUUUGCAACCAGGCGCGUUCUCGGGCCUGCCGAUGCUGAAAGACCUGCGGCUUGGAAACAACGCCGUUACGCUGAUUCCCAACUUGUUUCAAGAAUUGCCUCACUUGGAAAGGUUGUCCUUGGCCAAUAACAACAUUACAUACAUACCGGAGGGGACUUUUAACGGAUUAUCAGAAUUGGUACAGUUGCAACUACAUCAGAAUCUGAUUGCGACGAUUAAUCGAACAACAUUUUCUGGUCUUUCGAAGAUAACUUCUCUGGAGCUAGAGAGCAACAGAAUAAGUACCAUUGCCCCAAAAUCGUUUGAAAGUCUCAAGAAAUUGAAAAAUCUUUACUUAGAUAGAAACAAUAUAGGAGAACUAAAAGCCGAUACUCUCAAAGGUUUAACGAAACUUCGUUCUCUGCACAUCAAUGACAACGACAUAGUAACUAUUGAUCAAAGGGCAUUCAGAGGAUUGUCUAAACUGACCUUCUUACAUCUCCAACACAACAAAAUAUCUACAAUUCGAUCAGGCACUUUCAUUGGUCUCAGCAGUUUGGAAUCUCUGGAUCUUUAUAAUAACGAGAUUUCAGUGAUAGAAGCUGGUGCGUUCGAAGGCCUCACGUCGGAGUUAAGUAUCGAUUUGAGUAACAAUAAAAUCAAAACCCUACCGAAUGGCUUAUUCGCUGGACUCACAGACCUGGAGUCAGUCGAUCUGUCGAAUAACACUAUAACUGCAGUUGACCCAAAUGUAGUUCAGUUGCCAAGUACUGCGACAAUUCAGUUUUCGGUACCCACCGAAUAAUUGUGCGCUACUUUCCACAUGAAGAUUUCGUCUACUGGAAUGAUGAAUGUGAAUGAAUAAAAAAUUCCGCUCACUUAACAACAUAUACUUAUACUUAACAAUAUACUUUCGCACAAUCUUUGAAUAAAUAAUAUUCCGUACAAUGUC